AUGUCGUCCAAAAGAAAGGCUCCAUCAAGCCCCCAGAGCCAGAGAAAGCAGCCGAGGCAAGAUCCCGUAGCUUGUCCAUCAUGCCGAAAGAAGAAGAUUAAGUGCGACCGCGCCGUUCCAUGCAGCAGCUGCGUCGUCCGCGGUAUCGAGUGCGGCUAUGGCGACCACGGACCCAGCAGAGCAACAGUGACGGCUAGCAGCCAGUUCAGGUCGCCUUCAGAGGUUAGAUUCAGCGCCCAGGAGAGACCACAAUGGUUGCCGCAAAGACAGUCUCCUGCUCCGCCUCGUGCGAGGGAUGACUCCUCGAUUACGGCGGAUAGACUCGAGACCAUUCUCAUGGGACAUCGGUUUCCGAGCGCGCUACCGGAAACACCUCGACCGGACUUCUCACGCUCAGUACGGAGUAACCCUGCUCAGGGGCUGCAGAAUCCGUUGACGAUCGCUGAGAGGCUGCUUGCUCUCGUCAAUGGAAAACUUGCCGUGUCGGAGGAGGAUCCCCUGACCGUAGAUCUCACAUCUUAUCUGCCCGCAGAAGCCGAAGCCAUGGCUCUCCUCGAAUUCUACCAAAAUCACCUCUCGUAUCAAUAUCAUAUUAUCAUACCGUCCUUGGUCAAACAACAAUUCGGCGGGAUCUACAGGAAUAAUGCACAGAAUCUGCCCUUGGAUAUGAGCGAAGUAGCCUUGCUUUUCAGUAUCGCCGCUUCAUCACUGUUUUUCCAGAUCCUUCCAGAUGAUGUCUCAGAAGCUGCGGAGAUUUGCAGCGGAGAGACGGCAUUUCUGGCUGGUGCUGCGCUGCUCCAGGGGGAUUACCUCGCGCGGCCGACAAUAACGGGCUUGCAGGCAGCUUUGAUUAUCGGGCACCAUCUGUCUACCUCAACCUUGAGCCCGCGCAUUCUGCAAAGGCCGUGGAGGAGCGGAAGGGGGGGCGAGUAUGACAAGGUUGGGCUAGAGCUGAAAAGGAGGCUGUGGUGGGACAUCGUUUCGUACGACUGGCUCAUUGGAUUCCUGAGUGGACCCCAAGAAUUCACCUAUACCAUCCACCCCAGCCAGGUAAAAGUGAACAGACCGCUAAACAUCGAAGACGAAGACCUAGCGACAGAAGUAGCCGCACCCCUCUCAACACCCACCUGCAUGUCCUACACAUUAUGUCGCCUCCGACUCUCCGAAAUUUGCCGUCAAAUUAUCGACGAACUAGCCCCAUACCAUCUCGACGGCCGCGAGGCGCCCUACGAAGUCAUCCUCGAUCUAGACCACCGACUCCGUGACGCAUACGCCGAGGUCCCCUCCUUUUUCCGUUUUGACACGGUCUCCAAACGACAGCAUGCAGCUCUCUACCUCUCGCGGCCAUCAUUCGCGUGGCAAAAAUGCUUCAUCGAGCAAGGCUGGCAAACCAGGUUAUGCCGGCUGCACCGACAAUGGUUCAUCCGCGGCGCGAAAGACCCUCGGUAUUCUUACUCGCAUGUCGUCGCACUGCAGUCCGCGCGGACGGUUAUAGAGGUGAAGCGGGUGAUGGACGAAGAGGCGCCGCUGUUCGUGCCUACAAGCUCCUUUUUCUGGACUGUCAUGCACCACGUAUUCAUCGCCUCGGUGAUCCUGCUCAUGGACGUCUGUUUCAACUGGGACGAUGUCCUUGCCGAACGGCGGAAGCAGGAGGUUUGGGAUGCCUGCCGGAUGAUGCGUCGGGCGCAGCAAGUUUCCUCUGUUGCGCGCCAAGGCAUCAGUGAUAUGAUGGCUGUUAUGCGGAAAUAUUGGAAGCAAGACAAACUCCUUGUCCUUGUUCCCAAUGAUGGUACUGGUAGACCUGCCCAGCUUACACCGAUGGGUCAGGAAACCACGAUCCAUGAAGCCAGGCCUGCAGGGGCAGACUCGAGUUCAUUUCCUUCGUUCCGCAUGGAAGACGCCUGGUCCGAACUGCUGGACGACAGCGGUGGGGUGGGGCUGGACACGCCCGGAUGGAUGGAUAUGCUUUCUGAACUAGGAACCACUACAAUGCCGGGCUGGUAG